UCGGCUGGCAGGGAUGCAAGGGCUCCUAACAUAUCGCGACUGUAGAGGAGAGCAGGGUCAGAAGAUGUGUGAGUGAGACAGUGAACCAGCCGAACCUAGGGAACAGGUGGAGUGUCAUGCACGCGACCACUGUGGAGCGCAACUCGUGGCGCCUGCCGCCUGAUGACACUGUGCAGGUGGCCGACCAGCGCUCCAAGAGUGCAGAGGACCUGGUGCUGGCUGGCGCGAACGACAGCAACAACUGGCGCAGCAUCGUACUGUCGCUGCUGGUCAUCGGCGUCGUGAUUGUGGGCAUCCUGACGGCGAUAUAUUUGCUGGGCUACGUGGACGAGAUGCUGUACUGGAGUGGGCGACGUAUGAAGCUGAGCGAGUACCUGCAGGGUGACCUCACGCCGCGACGCAUGCCGCCUGUCUGGAUCUCGCACACACAUUUCGUAUUCCAGACAGACGAUGGUGCGCUCGCCUACCUCGACACCAGCAACGACACGGUCUCUCUCCUCGUCACGAACCACACGCUGCGGCAACUGGACGUGAAGGGAUACCAGUGCUCCAGCGACCUGAGGUACAUCUUGUUUCGCCACAAUGUCAAAUCGGUAUUUCGUCAAACAUUCACAGCCCACUACACCGUGUACGACGUCAGGAACGACCACCACAUCCCCAUCAGACUGAACGACGCACCGAAAGUGCAGCAGUCUCGGCUACAGCACGUCAGCUGGCUCGGCAACACUACCGCCCUCAUCCUAGUGGCCGAGAACGAUAUCUACUUGCGUCUCUCACCAGAUGGCGGGCAGGACUUCCGUCUUACAGACUCCGGGAAACCCGGAACUAUCUACAACGGCAUUCCCGAUUGGCUGUACCAGGAGGACAUCUUGUCGUCGCCUGAGGCACUGUGGGGGUCACCAGAUGGAACCCACAUCAUGUACGCUUCGUUCAAUGAUUCCGAGGUUCGAAUCCUGGCCUUCCCGUGGUUCGGAUCAGGCUCCAUUAGCGGCUCUUUCAAAAAGGGUACUGGUGUCUGGACAACGUUUCCAGAGUCCCGCACGGUGCGCUACCCCACGCCGGGGACAACAAACCCUGUAGUCAAGUUAUGGAUCAUAGACAUUCGCAACAUCACAGAGACACAACGGUGGGAGGUGAAGCCUCCGGAAGUUCUUGAAAGCCAGGAGUUCUACCUGACAUCUGCCGGGUGGGUGGGGAACGACAACAACCACGUGUCAGCCGUGUGGAUGAAUCGACCCCAGAACAUCAGCAUCAUAACCUCCUGCCGCGCGCCGAAUUGGACAUGUUUCGAGACCCACGCGGAGCGCGCGUCAGAGGACACCUGGCUUGAUGUCCAGCCGCAUCCCCUGUACACGGCGGACGGGGAGAGCUUCCUUCUGCUAGCAAGCAUUAAGGAGGGUGCGUACAACCACUUCACACACAUCAAGCACGUGACGCCGAGCCAGCAACGCAUCGCUGUUCUCACACACGGAAGCUACGAGGUCAUACGCAUCCUAUCCUGGGAUUCCACCAACCAUCUCGUGUACUACCUCGGAACGCAGGAGUCCAAACCGGGGCAGCGUCACCUCUACAAGGUGCACGACCCCGCGACGGACGAUCCGAGGCGCCUGCAACCGCAAUGCGUGACUUGCGAUCUGGGAGAAUUGCUAUGGAGCAGUCGCUACUGGUACACCAACUGCACACACUUUACGGCGUCAGUGUCGCCUGGCAACGUGUCGGGUAGCAUGUCGUAUUACGUGUUGGAGUGUGAGGGUCCCGGCCUGCCACUAGCAGGAGUGCACUCGGCUGGGACACAUCGACUGCUGAGGAUUCUGUACAACACGCGGCCCCAACGCACACCCGUGCUCAAGGAUCUCGCCCUCCCAAAAAUGAGCAGCUUUGAGGUGCCUUUGUCACAGGGCUUCAGAGCUCAGGUUCAGCUACUGCUGCCGCCCAGCUGGAGAGAGGAACUCAGAGAUGCUGCUUUCCCAGUGCUCGUGGAAGUGAACGGGCGGCCGGGAAGCCAGGCAGUCAGUGAGAAGUUCUCGAUCGACUGGGGUACCUACAUGUCCAGCCACAACGAUGUCGUUUACGUCAAGCUUGACGUACGCGGCUCCAGAGGGCAGGGCUCUCGAUCAUUGUACCGACGCCUGGGAGGCGUCGAAGUGCAAGACCAGAUCACCGUCCUCAGGUAUCUGCUGGACAAUUAUAAGUUCCUAGACGAGACGAGGGUAGGGGUAUGGGGCUGGGGGUAUGGCGGCUACGUCACGGCCAUGCUCCUUGGCUCCCAGCAAAAUAUUUUCAAAUGCGGCAUCGCCGUGUCUCCAAUAGCUGACUGGCUGUAUUACAACUCUGCGUUUACGGAGCGUAUCCUGGGCGUACCCGGAGAGAAUUACAAAGGGUACGUGGAAGCAGACGCGACGCAAAGAGCACAAAACGUUCCAAGCCACUCCAUGUACCUGCUGCACGGCUUGGCAGAUAUUACUGCGCCUUACCAGCACGGUGUCGCCCUCGCGCGGGCGCUCGCAGAAGCUGGGAUCAUCUUCCGUUAUCAGAGCUAUGCAGACGAAGGCCACCUCUUGGCGGGUGUGCUCGAACACGUGUACCGCUCCAUGGAAGACUUCUUGCAGGAGUGCCUUAGCCUGGAUGAAGAGCAGUCAUGAGGCUAAGCCUCCUCUAUGUGCACACCAGGGCUUAUUCAGACAUCUUCCAAACCGGCCGCCUUUGUACAUAUCUGUUAUGUGGGGGCCUACAUAUAUUAUGCCUAAAACUGGAACUGAUGAUCCAAUUCGCGAUUAGCACUGGAGUGAAAUAAAGGUUGCAGACACUCCGAAAAUGGUUGUGAAUUACGCUAAUGAACUAGAAGAAAGGUUGCCAAGAUCUUUCUGCUGCUUAAAAUAUCUGGAUUCUAGACGAGCAAUAAGGAAACUAUAGUCAAUAAUGGUUGUGAAAGUCGCGUGUGAAGGAAUCACAUGUGGGUCAAUUCCGUGAAGUCAGGAUCAUCCCUAUGAUUCAUGGAGGGACAAAGAACCCUUAUUUAGUAUUCAUUUGUUUACUUGAAAUGACAAUAAUGUGGGAUGUGUGUGAAUAUGACACAAAAUGGAGCUGCGGUUGCGAAUAGAAAAUGUGGUGUGAAACAGGAGGUGCAUGCAAGCAUGUGGAAGCUGUAAACCACAUUGGGUUACACGGAAACUUCGAGUGCGGGCACAAUCAGGGAGAUAUUAAUAUUUAAACUGUAUGUAGGCCUACUUUACAGUAAGACCGUGAGUGCGUUUUGCAUGAGAGAUCCACAACAGUGAUAAACAAAUACGAGAAUCUUAGUAUCCUGGAACUGUGUUUAACUACAAUUCUACAGCUUAUUAAAUAAUUCUCUGAUAAACGAGUCAGAUAUGGGGAAUAAAAAUAAAAUCCGGGGACAAAAUUCUGGCUGAAAUAUUCUUAAGUUGCUAUAAAAUGUAAGAAUCUCGUACAGUAUCUUACUAAGAAUAAUUCUACAACAAAUAAAGCAAAAUAGGCAUUCGCCCCCCGAUAAUUCGGUUUGAUGUACUUCGCAUGUAAUUUACCAGAACAGUGACUGGUUCUGUGUUUCUGUGUUUCUUAUCGAUGGAAGUCAGUAUCAUAUUGAUUUUAAAAAGAAAUUCUGAAAUUUCCAUCGGUACUGCAUUUCGUGGCUGGGUUUGUUUCAGGGAGAGAUAUGACCAUAUUCUCAUUCUUGGUUACAUAAGAAAAUACAGCUUUCAAAUUUCGAGAUGUAUAUUGAGGUUAGGGAGGGCUUGUUCUAAAAGGUUAAAUUCAAAGCUGCCUGCUGGGCAGUGGGUCAUUGAUCUUUCCGUAGGCGGCCAUUUCAUUGCUAUUACUUCUCUCCAUUGCCAGUUGUGUUACCACUGCUCAGACCGUUACAGUGAAGACUGUUGAGAAAAGCAACUGAACAGAACAUCAUCGGAUUUUGUUUCUUUUCUGGAAUCCAAAAUGUUCUACAUCAUUCAAAAAAUUAUUUUCAUGCAGAAAUCUCUUAACAGACUUAAUGGUCGGACAUAUGGUUGUUUUUCUUUAUAUAGAAUUAUAAUUUUGAAAAUAUUACAAGUUCAAGGAUACUAUGAAAGAAUUUCACUUUUUGCAUAAGAAGGUUCACACUCACGGCCUGCUGAGUCAGCUUCUCAAAGAGACAAUCCAAGUUCCCAAACCCUUGUAACAAUAUAGGCUACUUGAACAUAAACAUAUUAAAUUAAACGAAACAAAAUAUUUAGCCUUAAAACACGUAAGAUGAGAAUACUCUUGCAAUACUAACUCUUAAAUCACCCGAAUCUUUCUUUGCUAUUGUACACCCAACGGUUACAAAAUGUAAUAACCCACUUCGCAGCUUAAUUGGACGAAACGAGACAUGCAUAUGAAUAUAAUUCGAGUUGUCCAGAAAUUUCGUAACACAACUUGUACGUCUCUUGUGCCAGAACAUCUGGACUAGCAAGAUAAAGGUAGAAAGAAUCAUAUCUUGUGGCAUACAAUAUCAUGAAGUCGGGUGAAAGUCAAAAGACAUUCUAGAGGAAUAUAUCGCCUCUGUCUUCAGAGUAUAAAAUUAAACCAAACACAAAAUCGGAAAGAGGCGGGCAGAAAAAUGUUUAAGUCUUGCUGACUUCCUGCUUGGCUUGCUACUCAACUCUGAAUAUAGGAGCGAUAUUUCCCCCCUGAUCUUCGGUUAACUUUAACUGGACUCCAAGGUGUUAUAUCCCAGAAUGUAAAAGUAUUCAUAGUCACAGUUGAGAGAACCUCAAGUCAAAAAGUAUCUAAGCGCUCUUAAAAUGCUUGGACUCGGUUCUCAGCUACGACAAAAUUAG